GAGAGAAGCAAAGGCACCAAAAGCCCUCGAAUGGGGUGAGUGAGAAUUUAAUUCGCUGCUUGAUUUCUCUCUCAUGCUUCUGGUGGAAACAAUGCUUUUAAAACUCAAACUCGUCAGUUACACUUUGGCAGACACAUUAUACAGUGUGAAUCAGUGAAGCUAUAGCCCAGCCGGCAGCCACCCUUGUUUCUCUUCUCUCUUCUCCCUUCCUCUUUCUCUCUUCCUUUGUUUGUUUGCUUAAUUAGGCUACGACUCCGUCAUUUCAUCCAAGUCGAGUGCCAUAACUCACUCACUCUCCAAAUUCAAUCCCAUGCCAUUUCAGUUCUUUUACAUAUAUUUCUACCUCUGCAGCCGCUUUUGCCCGAUCAAAUUUCAUAACUUUAUUUGGUGCUAAUGCCUCUCGUCCUUGGAUUCCAUAUAUAUUAUAUAACUCUGCUCUCUCUUCCUCUCUUUAAAACCAACCUAGCAACACGCUACAUUUCCUUAAACCAAGCCCAGUUUUUUCUUCUAUGUAAUCCACGCAGACCCACAAAGUCAAAACCUCAUUCUUGUUUGCUUGCUGUCUCUCUCUCUUGGGUUUUCUCUCUUUAUGUGAUAUCUACUUUGUCAUAUAAUGUAUAUGAGAAGAGCCUAGCUAGUUGCUCCUUCCAAUUCUCGAGUAUACUUUAAAAGCCGAGUAGCUAGCGGUGAAAAAUGGAGUUUGGCAGCGGAGCAGGCUGUGGCUCCGGUGGAGACCACGAUGCCUCAGACUCUCAAAGAAGGAAGAAGCGCUACCAUCGUCACACUGCUAACCAGAUUCAGAGGCUUGAAGGGAUGUUCAAGGACUGCCCUCACCCGGAUGAAAAGCAAAGGUUGCAGUUGAGCAGAGAACUGGGCUUGGCUCCUCGCCAGAUCAAGUUUUGGUUUCAAAACCGGAGAACCCAGAUGAAGGCCCAGCAUGAAAGAGCUGAUAACUCUGCGCUUCGAUCAGAGAAUGACAAGAUCCGAUGUGAGAACAUUGCCAUCCGAGAGGCACUUAAAAAUGUGAUUUGCCCAUCUUGCGGUGUCCCCCCCAUUAAUGAAGAUAACUAUUUCGAUGAACACAAAUUGCGAAUGGAGAACGCCCAACUGAAAGAAGAGCUAGAUAGAGUCUCUAGUAUUGCUGCCAAGUACAUUGGGAGGCCCAUUUCUCAGCUCCCACCAGUUCAGCCUAUUCAUAUAUCUCCUUUGGAUUUAUCAAUGGCGAGUUUUGGGGGGCAUGGAAUGGGUGGUCCUUCUCUUGAUCUUGAUCUUCUUACAGGGAGUACUUCAUCUACCAUGCCCAGUUUGCCGUACCAGCCUAUGGGCAUUUCAGACAUGGACAAGUCCCUCAUGACAGAUAUCGCUGCAAAUGCAAUGGAAGAGUUGCUCAGGCUUUUGCAGACCAAUGAUCCUCUGUGGAUGAAGUCAUCCACUGAUGGCAGGGAUGUUCUUAAUCUUGAAAGCUAUGAGAGGAUUUUCCCCAGGGCUACUACUCAUUUGAAAAAUCCCAAUCUUAGAAUUGAAGCAUCUAGAGCUUCUGGUGUGGUAAUCAUGAAUGGCUUAGCAUUAGUCGACAUGAUUAUGGACUCGAACAAAUUUGGGGAGCUAUUUCCGACAAUUGUCUCAAUGGCUAGAACAAUUGAAGUGAUAUCGUCUGGAAUGUUAGGUAGUCACAGCGGCUCUCUGCAGCUGAUGUACAAAGAGUUGCAGGUGCUUUCACCAUUAGUACCAACUCGAGAGUUCUACUACCUUCGUUAUUGUCACCAAAUUGAGCAAGGCCAUUGGGCCAUUGUUGAUGUUUCUUAUGAUUUUCCACGAGAUAAUCAGUUUACAAAUCAAUGUCGAUCUCAUAGGCUUCCUUCUGGAUGCUUGAUUCAAGACAUGCCUAAUGGAUAUUCCAAGGUUACUUGGGUGGAACACGUUGAAAUAGAAGAGAAAGCCCCAAUUCAUCGACUUUAUAGAGAUCUUAUUCACAGUGGACAAGCAUUUGGAGCUGAACGAUGGCUUGUUGUUCUUCAGAGAAUGUGUGAAAGAUUUGCAUGCCUAAUGGUGUCAGGCACUUCUACUAGAGAUCUUGAAGGAGUGAUCCCAUCACCUGAAGGCAAGAGAAGCAUGAUGAAACUUGCCCAAAGGAUGGUCAACAACUUCUGUGCAAGCAUUAGCACAUCUAAUGGCCAUCGGUGGACCACAAUUUCUGGUAUGAACGAAGUUGGAGUGCGAGUGACCAUCCAUAAGAGCACGGAUCCUGGUAAGCCCAAUGGUGUGGUUCUUAGUGCAGCUACUACCAUUUGGCUCCCACUAUCUCCACAAACUGUCUUCAAUUUCUUCAAGGAUGAAAGAACUCGACCUCAGUGGGAUGUCCUUUCCAAUGGCAAUGCAGUGCAAGAGGUCGCCCAUAUAGCAAAUGGUUCACAUCCAGGGAACUGCAUAUCUGUUCUUCGAGCUUUCAACACUAGCCAGAACAACAUGUUAAUACUCCAGGAGAGCUGUAUAGACUCCUCAGGGUCAGUAGUUGUGUACUGCCCCGUUGAUCUUCCAGCCAUUAACAUUGCAAUGAGCGGCGAGGAUCCUUCAUACAUUCCUCUGCUGCCAUCAGGUUUCACCAUUUCACCUGAUGGGCCGCAAGACCAAGGGGACACAUCUGCAUCGACAAGUAGUUGUUCUAACGUAAACCACAUAGGAGGUGGUGGAUCACUGAUUACAGUGGCAUUUCAAAUUCUAGUGAGCAGCUUGCCCUCGGCAAAGUUGAACAUGGAGUCGGUGAAUACAGUUAAUAACCUUAUUGGCACCACUGUGCAGCAAAUAAAGUCCGCCUUGAAUUGUAGUGGUUCCUGAUCGAUUUGAGUCCCGAGUCUGUAGUAUCAGCAAUAUCAUGAAUGUCUGCUGUGCCCAGCUAGCUUUCUUCAGCUGCAACUGCGCGCAUGCAUAUGCUACAAUCCUUAAUUACAUGUGGUGAUGGAUGAGAGAGAGAUAGUGUUGAGUGUUUUGAAUUGGGAGGGCUGUUGGUAUUGAAUUAAUGGUACCUGGGACAAGCCUAUGGGGUUAGUUGGGAGUUUGAAUGCUCCCUCAUCAAGACCUGAAGCUCUUCAUUAAUUUACUGUGCAUGCUGCUGCUGCUCUUAGCAGUUGUGUUUUGCUUCCAAGCUUCAUUACAGUUCACACCAACUAUUCUUUUGUGAGGGGUUUUAUAGUCAUUUUUCAUUUUUGGCUUGGCAAGGUUAAGGUUAAGGUUAAGGUUUAGGUCAAGGCAGUAAGUACCAAGUAGUAGUAUUGAAAGAGGUAAGUCAAGAACGCACCACACACGUCUUUUUGGCUGGCUGGCUGGCUCUCUCCAUUGCCAGUACUAGAAGGAUUGUAUGUGGUUCGGGCAUUGACUUCCUGAUCCGGUUUUUCACUAGCUUCUCUGUUAUUCGACAUUAUAUAUUUACAUCUAUCGAUCGAUCUCUCUCAAAUGGGAAGUUUUUCUACCAUGAAUAAUGCUGAUGACAUGUUUGUACUUCCUUUA